AUGGCUUCUUCUUCUUCUUCCACGGCUGUUGAAGUGAGGAAGCAUGAUGUUUUCCUCAGUUUCUGUGGCGAGGACACCCGGACCACAUUUACCAGCACUUUACAUGGAGUUUUGGAGAGUAGAGGUAUAAACGUUUUCAUUGAUGAUGAACUUAAAACAGGGGAGGAGAUUUCGUCAUCUCUUAUGAGUGCAAUUGAAGAAUCAAUGAUUUCAGUUAUUAUUUUCUCGAAAGGUUAUGCAUCUUCAAGAUGGUGUCUUGAAGAACUUGUGAAGAUCCUGGAGUGCAAGAAAACAAAAAAACAGGUGGUAAUACCAGUUUUCUAUCGCAUAAAUCCAUCAGAAGUAAGGAAUCAAACUGAAAUUUUUGGAGAUGGAUUUUCCAAGCUUGUAGAAAGUUUUGAUGAGGAGAAGUUAGAGAAGCUACAAAUGACAGAAGAACAGUCUAAAGACAAGAUUCAGACAUGGAAGAAUGCUUUGACAGACGCAGCCAACCUAUCUGGCAGGUCAAAGCAGAGAUCGGAUGAUUUUGGUCUUGCAAAUAUAGUUAUGGAAGAUAUUUUGAAGUUCUUAAAUUUCAUGUCCCCAAAUAAUAAUGACAAGAAAUUGGUUGGAGUAGAAUCAAUCAUUCAAAAAAUUGAAUCUUUACUGCAAAUUAGGUUGGGAAUUGUUCACAUUGUAGGAAUUUGGGGAAUGCGUGGUAUAGGCAAGACAUCUAUUGCAAAGAGUGUAUUUGACAAAAUAAGCAAUCAGUUUGAAGGUUCAUACUUUGCUAGAAAUAUUAGGGAAGAAUCAAUGAGGCCUUGUGGACUAACUUCAAUGCGGCAAGAACUUCUUUCUACUAUAUUAAAGCAUCAUGUCAGCUUCACAAAAGGAAGGCUUGAUCGUAAAAAAGUUCUCAUUGUUUUUGAUGAUGUGACUACUAUAGGGCAAGUAGAAUCUUUAAUUGACAAUACUAAUUGCUUGGGUCCAGGAAGUCGAAUAAUUAUAACAGCAACGGACAAACAAGUGCUUCAAAAUUGUGGAGCGGAUGACAUUAAUAUAUACAAGAUGAAAGGGCUACUUAAGAAUGAAGCUCUUCAGCUUUUUAGUUGGUAUGCUUUUCGGCAAAAUGGUCCCAACAUGGAUAAUGGUGACUUGUCAAAUAGGGUAGUAAAAUAUACUAAAGGUGUUCCAUUAGCUAUUAAAGUGUUAGGUUAUUACUUACUUGGCAAGUCAAAAGAAGUUUGGGAAAGUGCAUUAAAAAAAUUCAAAAUAAUUCCUCAUAGGGAUAUUCACAAGGUACUAAAAAUAAGUUAUGAUGAUCUACAUGAUGAUGAACAGCGCAUAUUUCUAGAUAUUGCAUGUUUCCUUAAAGGAGAGAGUAAGGAUUUUGUGGUAGACUUUUUGAAUGCUUGUGACUGGGAGGCUGAAAUUGCAUUAAGUGUUCUCAUUGAUAAGUGUCUCAUAACUAUAUCAGAGGAUAACAAGAUAACGAUGCAUGAUUUGCUUCAAGAAACGGGUUGGGAAACUAUAUCUAAUGCAAUCGAAGGCAUAUGUUUAGACAUGUCUGGACAAGGGGAGAUCAUAAACUUACAACCUUCUGCUUUAGGAGUGAUGGAUCAACUGAGAUUCUUUAAACUACAUAACGCGUUAAAUGAAGUGAAUAAUAUCAAUAAAGUGCAUGUUUCUCACGGGCUUAAUUCUGUUGCCACUGAUCUACGAUACUUGUCUUGGCAUGGAUGUCCAUUGAAAUCAUUGCAGCCAAAUUUUAUACCGGAGUACCUUGUUGCACUUGACAUGCCUCAUAGCAAUAUUGAACAACUUUGGUCUGGUGCCCAGCUUCAUAAUUUGAAACAUAUUGAUCUCAGUUUCUCUAAACAUCUAAGAAUUCAAGAUCUCUCAUUGACCUCAAAUCUUGAAAAUUUGAUUUUGGAAGGUUGUACUAGUUUGUGUGAGAUUGUCUCAUCCAUUGAUGGUCUCAAUUAUAAGCUCCUUUUCUUAAAUCUAAGGCAAUGUAAAAGCCUUGGUAGUCUUCCAACAGGCAUUCGUCUAGAAUCUCUCAAAAAACUUCAUAAUUUGAAACAUAUUGAUCUCAGUUUCUCUAAACAUCUAAGGAUUCAAGAUCUCUCAUUGACCCCAAAUCUUGAAAAUUUGAUUUUAGAAGGUUGUACAAGUUUGCGUGAGAUUGCCUCAUCCAUUUAUGGUCUCAAUUAUAAGCUUCUUAUCUUAAAUCUAAGGCAAUGUAAAAGCCUUGGUAGUCUUCCAACAGGUAUUCAUCUAGAAUCUCUCGAAAAAGCUAUCUUUUCUGGGUGCUCAAAUCUUAAGAAGUUUCCACAGAUCUCUUGGAAUAUGAAAGAGCUAUAUUUAGAUGAAACUGCAAUAGAGGAGUUGCCGUCGUCAAUAGAGAAUUUAUCCGGACUAGUUAUAUUGAAUCUUAAAGACUGCUCAAUGCUUGAGAGUGUUACAAGCAAUAUCUGCGAGUUAAAAUCUCUUGAACAUCUCAAUCUCUCAGGGUGUUCAAAACUUCAUGGAUUGCCUGAUAACAUGGGAAAUUUAGAAGCUUUGAGGGUGCUUAAAGCACAGAGGGUACCUACGCGAGAAUUACCAACAUCCAUUCUAAAUUUGCGCUGUGUAGAAGAAUUAGAUCUGACAAGCUGUGGUAUUGAGGAAUUGCCAAACAAUCUUGGUCAGUUAUCCACACUAAGAAGUUUACUUCUUGGCAGAAACUUCUUUAAGAGCAUUCCGACAAGCAUUGUAAAACUGUCCAAGUUAUCUUAUCUUGACCUAAGAUAUUGCAAGAGGCUUGAAAUCCUACCAGAGCUGCCAAGUAAAUUAGAAAAUAUAGAUGCAAGCAAUUGCACAGCAUUGGAAGCACCAUCAAAAUUUUCAGUUUUCUUCAUUGGACAUAUUACUCAAAGCAUAAAAGUCAACUUCAGCAAUUGCUUCAAACUGGAUCUCUUAGCCCUCAGUAAAAAUAUUGAAGAUUUUGGAUCGUCACCAAAUAUUUAUCUUUUUGGAAAGAGAUUUGCUGUUUCAAAAAUGGCUAGUGGUUGUAUCUGUUUCCCUGGAUGGGAAAUCCCAGAGUGGUUCAACUUUCAAAGAAUAGGAUCUUUUAUAACUCUGGAGAAACAAGCAAAUCUUUGCUCUAGUGACUUGAAUUCUCUUCUCAUCUGUGUUGUUGUGGGGUUUCGAAACUAUCAUAAUGAAGGCGAGGGUUUGGUGGUUGGCUUUGACUGCGUGCUCACAAGGGAAAAUGGUAUAAUGGACUUGUUCCAGGGAACUUUGAGGGGAUGGGACUAUGGUAAUGGACCUGACAAUGUGGACUCAGAUCACGUAUUCCUGGGAUCUGAUAAUGCUUUGAAGUUCUCUGGGUCGCACAGUAUUGAAAAUCACAAAUAUUGUGAGAUGACCAUCCGAUUUUAUGUUGAGAAUUUAAAUAUUGAAAAAUUAGGUUGUUGCAACGUGAAAAAGUGUGGAGUUUGGGGUCCAUCCUUAGAGUUAACGACAAGGGAAGAGAAGCCAGAGUCCAUGAAAGUGAAAGUUGAACAUUUCUACCGUGGCGAAUCCAGCUCAGGGGAAGAGAAACCAGAGUCCAAGAAAUUGAAAAUUGAACAUUCCUACGGUGGUGAAUCCAGCUCAAGGCAAAACACUUAAAACCUUCAAUGAGGAGUUUCUGCAGAUUCAUGAGCUUUCGGAGAUCUCCUAGUUUAACUUGCUUAAUUGCUUCUGGUGAUAUAAGUACUAAAACUUGCAAUAUUGGUCCAAAGAUAACAGGGAAAAAACCAUUCAACUGUUAUCAGACUUUUCAGUUGACUUGAUUCAUUUAAUUGAGAAACACAAAUGAAGUUUAUAUCAGACUUUGAGUUUGGCCAGUGAUCGGCUGAAGUAAUUAUUGUUAAUGACUUCUUUGAUUAUAACGUUCUUUCUCAUAAGCCACGUAGGUUUCAUUCCUCAUGUCUUCCUUAGUUAAAUUCAAAUCUUGAACCAACCUAAGGAGACGCAUUUUAGCUAAAGCAAAUCCUCUAACAAAUACACUUUGUACUCUUGUUCACUUGAUGCAGGAGAACAAUUUAAGUACCAUAACUGUAGAAAAAGAGGCUUAAAUUGUGUUUGAAUAGUGCAAAGUUUGUGUUCACACAUCACUUUGUCAGA